GCCGGUGCGGGUCUGGGGAGUUGUCUUGGUCCCGGACACACGAUUGGACCGCCUUAAAAAGGGCAAACACGCGUCCACGUUUCGACUCCCGGCAUCAGCCUCCCCUCCCCUGAGCUACAGAAAUAGAAAAGCUUGAGUGUACGACAAAAUAAAACGUUUAGUCCAAUUUAUUAGCCCGGAGAGACUUUGAGCCCCUUAGCUUAGCUCCAGCAUCCCGGCGACGGUGACUGAGAAAGGGGUCUACCUGUCUGUCAAGCGCGCAAGUUCUGCCGGAAACACGGUUUGUAGCAAAAGUAAAAGCCGCAGAGUAGCUUAAACGUCGACUUAGCGUGACAAUUUGAACAAGUUGGACCUUUGAGGGAAUGGCAUUGGACUUCGCCGCGGGCUGCGUUGGAGGUGCUGCUGGUGUUUUGGUUGGACAUCCGUUCGACACCGUUAAGGUGCGGCUUCAGGUUCAAAAUGCGGACAAGCCUCUCUACCGCGGAACAUUACACUGCUUCCAGUCCAUCGUGCGGCAGGAGUCGACACUGGGUUUGUACAAAGGUCUGGGCUCUCCGAUGAUGGGCCUCACCUUCAUCAACGCCAUCGUGUUCGGCGUGCAGGGCAACGCCAUGCGCAAGCUCGGCCGUGACACGCCGCUCAACCAGUUUCUGGCGGGCGCGUCGGCCGGCGCCAUCCAGUGCGUCAUCUGCUGCCCCAUGGAGCUGGCAAAGACUCGCAUGCAGAUGCAAGGCACCGGGGAGAAAAAGUCCAAGAGGAAGAUGUACAAGAACUCUCUGGACUGCCUGUUGAGGAUCUACAACAAAGAAGGUAUUCGGGGGAUCAACCGCGGCAUGGUGACGACACUCCUACGCGAAACGCCGGGAUUCGGCGUCUACUUCCUGGCGUACGACGUGCUGACGCGCCAGCUGGGCUGCGAGCCCGAGGACCCGUACCUCAUCCCCAAGCUGCUGUUCGCCGGCGGCAUGUCCGGCAUCGCUUCUUGGAUCUCCACCUACCCCGUGGACGUCAUUAAGUCCCGACUGCAGGCGGACGGCGUGGGCGGCGUGCAUCGCUACGGCGGAAUCGCCGACUGCGUACGGCAGAGCGUGCGCAAGGAGGGUUGGAGGGUGUUUACGAGGGGCCUCACCUCCACGCUGCUUCGGGCCUUUCCGGUCAACGCCACUACCUUCGCCACCGUGACUCUCUUCCUGUUGUACAUGCGCAAAGACGAAGAGUGCGCCCCCGAACCGCAGGCCGCGCCCAUGCAGCCGCUCCAGCCGCAGGCUCAAGCCACCAGCAUCUGAGCUCAGCUGCCACGGUUAGAAAAUUGUUGGUACAAAUCAGACAGGCGUAGUAUUUAAUAAUUAUAUAGGGAGAUGAAACUGCACUUGUACAUAUUUAGUCUGUUUUGUAUACUUCAUUUUUAUGCUCAUUAAAAGAAAGGCGCCAAUGUGGUUACAGCAGUUACUGGAAUGUACAGUAACAUGUUUAAAGGCUGCUGUGUCCUCCAUGUCGAAACGUUAGACUUACUGUACUUUGUUUGUAGCGUCAGCUUUUUUUCUUCUAGCUCCACAAUACACUUUUAUAAAAUUAUUCUAAAGGUUACCAGAGGUGGGCGACUUAAGAGAAAACAUUGACAAUUUUCAGUCUUACAGCAUAGACUUCACUAUCAGUUAAUGGGAAAUGGGGCGCGGGGCUGCUCCGUAGGGGGCCUAUUUUCAAAACCAAAGCCACUCGCGACCUAAAACCAAAAGCAAGCACCUUCCUUAGGCAUAUAUGAGUCUCCAUGAGCAGCGGCAUCAAAAAAUAUCAAGUUGUUCUCAAGUAGAACCCCGAUAAAUUAAUCUUUAUAUAAGUAUAACAAAACUUAAUGGCUAUAAAAUUCUCAGAUUUUACGCUAGAUCAGUCAUGUCCAAAGUCCGGCCCGGGGGCCAAAUGCGGCCUGUGGUCAAAUUUCAUCCGGCCCCCAGCCUCUGUCAUAAAAUCAAUAACGUCUGGCCCGCACACACUUAAUAAAUUGGUCAGCAGUACAGCUACCAGCAUAUGAAGUAGCUUACACACUAAAUGCUGCUCCUCAUUUACCCACUAAAAGGCAGCAGCACUCUAAGCAAGAUUACACCGUGUGACCCUUUACUCCCAAUUUUCAAAAAUGGCAACAAUCAACAAAAAAAGACUGCGACGGCCGACACUUUAAGGAUAGAUGGAAAUUGGACUAUUUCUUCACUAAAAUACGCAACAACUGUGUCUGUCUCAUUUGCAAAGAGACAGUCGCUGUUUUUAAAGAGUUCAAAAUGUGAGGCGAUAUUACCAAACGAGACACGCUGACAUGUACGACCAGAUCACAGGGAAGAUACGCAGCGAGAAAUUGAAGCAACUUGAAGCUAGUUCAAUUUCACAGCAGCAGUAUUUUGCAGGAGCCUAAGAGUCGAAAGAGAACAGCACAAAGGCUAUUUGCGAGAUUGUUGAAAUCAUUAAUUAAACACACAGAAUGGGUUGCUAAAAUUUGCUUAAAUAUAUUGUUCUACGUAAACGGUGUUAGCCAAGGUCGGCCUCCCACAUUUUUACCACACCAAAUCUGGCCCCAUUUGCAAAAAGUUUGGACACCCCUGCGCUAGAUGUACAAGAAUCAUCAAAUGCAGAGGUAAUCGCCUAUAUUUUUAAGGAUCGAUUGCAAUAAUUAACAUAUAAGUUUUUGCCUGAAAUAGCGACUUAAAUAUUUUUUAUUUACCGUAAUUUUCGGACUUUAAGGCACACAUGACUAUAAGCCGCCACCCAGCAAAUUUGACACCAAAACGGCAUUUGUUCAUAGAUAACCUGCAAUGGACUAUACUGUACGCAACAGCUGUCCUCACUGUAUUAUGGGAUAUUUCCCCCUAAAAGAUAUUAACCGGAAACACUUUAUUUGACAGCGGCAUCAUAAGACUGUCAUAUGACCAAAUGAACCACCAUGAAGCUUUGAACUAAUUGGCUGCAAAGCUUCAUUGCUUCAAGAAGCUUCAUUUGACCAUUACUGCUCCCUUUGGGGAGACAGUCAACCUCCGUGACCACCUGCUGUCAAUACUGUUGUCAUCCAACAUGCCUCCUGGCAUGCAUUGCAGCGCUAAAUUUAACACAAAAACGGCAUUUGUUCAUAGAUAAGCUGCACUGGACUAUAAGCCGCAGCUGUCGUCACUGGAUUAUGGGAUAUUUCCCCCCAAAAGAUAUUAACCGGAAAUACUUCAUUUGACAGCGGCAUCAUAAGACCAAAUGAACCACCAUGAAGCUUUGAUCCAAUUGGCUGCAAAGCUUCAUUGCUUCAAGAAGCUUCAUUUGGCCAUCACUGCUCCCUUGGGGGAGACAGUCAACAUUGCAGCGCUACAGAUGUAAAUAACAAAAAUCAUUCUCUGUGCUAAUUAUUCUGUCAGUCACUGUUCCAGUUGUUUCAUUAAUUGCUAGUUAUGGUAUUUGGUAACACUUAAUUUAACAGUGGCGGCAUAAGACUGUCAUAAGACCAAAUGAACCACCAUGAAGCUUUGAACCAAUUGGCUGCAAACCUUCAUUACUUCAAGAAGCUUCAUUUGGCCACCACUGCCGUCAACACUCGUCGUUCAUCAUGCCUCCUAGCAUGCAUUGCAGCGCUACAGAUGUAAAUAACAAUCAAAAUUCAUGGUCUGUGCUAAUUAUUUCGUCAGUUACUGUUCCAGUUGUUUCAAUAAUUGCUAGUUAUGGUAACACUUUAUUUAACAAUGGUGCCUUAAGACUGUCAUUACACAAUCAUAAUUAUGAAAUGACACUCAUGAGCAUUAAUGAAUGCUUACAACAGAUGUCUUAGUGUCAGUUUUUAUCUCACUUUUGAAUGGAUGUAAAGGAUCUGAGCUGGACAAAAAUGGAGUUAGGGACAUCAUUUGUCGGUUGACAUUAAAAGACAUCUGUCAUAAGCAUUCAGUAAUGCCCAUGAUUGUGUCAUAAUUAUGACGGUCUUAUGACGUGUUACCUAUUAACCCAAAUAAGCCGCACCACACAUGAGGUAUUAUUGUUUUUUUUAUCAGGCAGCAUGAGUUGAACAUAUUAACUCUCGGUCCUUUCCUCAUUGCGUCCCGAAGACCGCGCUGUGUUUAAGUUCUGCUUUACCUGGUAUAGUACAAUAAUCGGAAUUUGGAUGUUUGUGAAUCGUUCUCGAAACUUCCACAGCCGAAUCGCGAAUAAGAAUCGGAAAUUUCGCACGCCUCUUGUUGGUACCAUUGACUCCAAAAACCUGAAAUUAACAAAUAACCGACUAACUGCACAGAAUUUGUUGAAAUCAACUCCGACUAAUUAAACCCCCGCUAACUUGAUGACUAAGCCUAUUGUCAAAAAUUCUGAACUUCCCUUUUAAAUAUGAAUUAACAUGUUAAAUGGGGUUAAGGUACAUUAAGGUACUAGUUUAGAAAGUCAUACACGACGUACAUGUCACGUCCGCUCAGCUUUUAAUUAUAGUAAAAAUGUACAGUUUUUUUUGUUGUUGUAAUCAUUAAAAAAAGACUUAUAAAUAGGCAACUAAUGAAAGUAAAAAAAUUAACUGACGAAUGUGGUAAUGUUUAGCGUGACCAGGUAACAUAAUACUGUAUAUUGAUUGCAUUUUGACUAGAGCUGUAAAAAUUAUCGCGUUAACAGGCGGUAAUUAAUUUUUUAAAAUUAAUCACGUUAAAAUUAGGGCUGUCAAAAUUAUCGCGUUAACGGGUGGUAAUUAAUUUUUUAAAUUAAUCAUGUUAAAUUCACGCAAUUAACGCACAUGCCCCGCUCAAACAGAUUAAAAUGACAGCACAGUGCAAUGCCAACUUGUUACUUGUGUUUUUGGGUUAGGGUUAGAGUUUUGUCGACCUCUGCUGGCGCUUGGGUGCGACUGAUUUUAUGGGCUUAAGCACCCAUGAGCCUUGUGUAAUUAUUGACUUCAACAAUGGUGGGCUACUAGUUUAUUUUUUGAUUGAAAAUUGUACAAUGUUUUUUAAAACUAAGGGAUUUUAAUAUACAAUUUCUAUAACUUGUAAUAACAUUUAUCUUUUAAGAACUACAAGUCUUUCUAUCCAUGAAUCGCUUUAACAGAAUGUUAAUAAUGUUAAUACCAUCUUGUUGAUUUAUUGUUAUAAUAAACAAAUACAGUACUUAUGUCAGUAUGUUGAAUUUAUAUAUCCAUCUUGUGUCUUAUCUUUCCAUUCCAACAAUAAUUUACCAAAAAAUAUGGCAUAUUUUAUAGAUGGUUUGAAUUGCGAUUAAUUUUGAUUAAUUAAUUUUUAAGCUGUAAUUAACUCGAUUAAAAAUUUUAAUUGUUUGACAGCCCUAAUUUUGACAGAUGGGUGUCAUUGAGAGAUAAAAGCCAGACCCCCAAUCAAAUUCUAUUGGACUGCUAUUGUUGUCAAUGAGCUCAUCACUUGAGACUCCCACCUCUGAUGCGUAAAAACAUUUUACACCUACUGUACAUACAUGUAAAUAUUACAUUUGUAUUCUGAUUUUACGGUCAUGUCAUUUUUCGCUGUAAUUUGCUGAUCCCUCCAUUUGACACAAUCCGCUCCAUGAUGCCGAUUGACUAACAAGGUAUUCGUCAUACUUUCACCAAGUGGCUGGAAUAGUGUAUUUCACUAAUCAAUGUGUUAUUGAUAAUCAGUUGUAUCAGUCAUAUUGUACUGAGCGAGCAGACUUUCCAUUUUCUGCACUGUGGUUAUCACACUUUGUCCAUUACUGCCCCCCAAAAAGAACCCAUGACUAUCACCGCCCGAUUGCUGUGUGAAUUAGACGCAAAAUGGCCGAUGAAGAGAAUGUAUUUGCAGUCUUGAAUGUCUCAAAAGUUCAUAUUGUAUUAUGAUUAUGGUCAGACCCAAAUGAUUGAAAAGCAUGUAUCAAAGCUGUGUACUUGUGUAAAAAUUAAGUACAUCUCUAUGAAAUUGUGACUUAUUUUUCUACUCCCAUGAGAUUAUUUAUGAUCCCCUUUAAAUUCUGUUACUAUUGAAUUGAUUGCCAAAAAAAGGUUCUGGUCGAAUGGCAUUUUCGAGAUGGUUCGUGGCUUUAGUAUGAGUUCAUGUACUGUAUGCUGUGUAUGUAAACAAUAACUGGUUUAAAAAAAAAAAAAAAAAAAAAGUGACACUGGUGCAGUUAUUCUUACAUAAUUUUCAGGUGCUGAAUUCAAAUCUGACCAGUUUUUUUUUUUUUUUUCCGAUUCUAUAGCUAGCACGUUAAAAAUUGCCCACAAGUAACAACUAGGGAUGUGACAUAAUAUCAAAAUGUUGAUACAUCGUGCUACGUUGCAUCCCGAAAAGUUAUCAAUAUGCUCAUGCCAAGAAAAAAAAAAUGAAGGAACCAGCAAGUUGCUACCAAAAUCUUCCAUCGUAAUAGUGCGUUAGUCAACUCUACGGCUGCCAUUGACAGCCCUCGACGCCCAAUCAAUUAAGACCCUGAAGGGCGAAAAACGUUCGGUUCUUCGAAACCAGAGCAUUCAGUCACUCUUUCUGAUUUUCAAGGCAUUUACAGGUCAUUUCCUGUUCUGUAACCCAAAAUCAAGAUCAAAUGACCCAUAAAAUGCCCCGAAAUCAACAGGAAGUGACUGAAAAUCAACAGGUAAUGACCUGAAAUGGCCAAAAAUGACCUCGUUACCUGGCAUUGGCUGCCACUGAGGGCCAUAGAAGUGGGAGGGGCCUGUUUGAAGUGGGAGGGGUUCAUUUGCUGCCACCCUCCCGGCUUAUUGGAUCUCUACGAGUGAAGGAUGAAGUUUGAACGAAUUGAAAGGUUAAACUAUUGAUGGUCAAAAAUGUAUGAAAAAUCUAUAAAAUACCACUACUAUAAGUAAAUAAUAUGUACUACAUAUAUAUUUAUAUAUAUAUAAUAAUUAGGGGUAUCAAACGAUUAAAAUUUAUAAUCAAGUUAAUUACAGCUUAAAAAUUAAUUAAUCGUAAUUAAUCGCAAUUCAAACCAUCUAUAAAAUAUGCCAUAGUUUUCUGUAAAUUAUUGUUGGAAUGGAAAGAUAAGACACAAGAUGGAUAUAUACAUUCAACAUACGAUACAUAAGGACUGUAUUUGUUUAUUAUAACAAGAUGGCAUUAACACUAUUAACAUUCUGUUAAAGAGAUCCACGGAUCGAAAGACUUGUAGUUCUUAAAAGAUAAAUGUUAGCACAAGUUAUAGAAAUUUUAUAUUAAAACCCCUCUUAAUGUUUUCGUUUUGAUAAAAUUUGUGAAAUUUUCAAUCAAAAAAUAGACUAGUAGCCCGCAAUUGUUGAUGCCAAUAAUUACUUACACAAUGCUCAUGGGUGCUGAAGCCUAUAAAAUUAGUCGCACCCAAGCGCCAGCAGAGGGCGACAAAACUCCGAAAAACACAACAAAUACACAUUUCACUGUGCUGUCAUUUUGAUCUGAGCGGGGCAUGUGCGUUAAUUGCGUCAAAUAUUUUAACGUGAUUAAUUUAAAAAAUUAAUUACCGCCCGUUAAUGCGAUAAUUUUGACAGCCCUAAUAUAUAAAAUAAUAUGUAUAAUAUAAUAUAAUAGGAUUCAUUUAACUAGAGUGAUGUUGUAAUGGCUUGUUUUGAAAGUGUUUGCAUUAAGUUUUAUUGAUUUGGGUGAAUAUAACAUUUAACAUGGCUGGAUCCAGCUGCUCCUUUUUGUUUGCGCUCAUGUUUUUUUUUUUUUUUUUUUUUAAUUUAAUCCAUUCAUAGUUUCGUUUAGAGGUAAAUUUAGCAGUUUUUUGUGGGAAUAUGUGUUUGAACGAUUUAUUAAGAGCAUUGUAAAAACAUGUUAGCAUUUUAUAGCAUUUAAGCUAACUGACUUUUGCCAUGCAAGUUAGCAAAUUUUUCUCUUGUAGUACUUGGAUCCUCAUUUAUUUGUUUUUUUAAUACUCUUGGAGGCUAAUUUUGAGUGUUUUAUUUUGAAAUGCAUUUAUUGCUAUAAAAUACCAAUUCUGAAUAGUUUGGAAAAAAAAAAAAAAAAAAAAAAAACACUUGGGAAUUUUAUUUUGUAUUUGCAUUUAAUGCUCUUUUGAAAGCGUAAUCUUGUAAAAUUUAUUCUCCAACGCAUUAAAUGUUCCUACUCCGAUUACUCAAUUUUUCGAAUUGAUAAAUUGAUUACUUAAACAAUCGAUAGCUGCAACCCUAAUACAGUAUGUAUAAAUCCAGAUUGAAACACCGCCCGUCUGUGUGGCUGCGCGUGUUUGGUGGGGCUUGCACGCGGCUGGAUGUGAUCUGAUGCGCUCAGGUGGGGGGGGUCCCGGUGCCGGGAAAGGCAAUGGGGCAGCGUAGGGUCGGUUGCUGACAGGCUUACACUCACAAGGGAUUCACACGAUUACUGGUUUGUAGAUCACAGAGCUGAUUUGUGUACACUCCACCCCUUCCAAUCACUUAGUUUAUAGACUCCCCCUCCCCUUUUUUCCCUGGUCAACAAGCCCCCCCACAUAGCACCAACAUAUUCAUAGUUAGUGUGUUUCUUGUUGUUUUUUGUGUUUCUUUUCUUCUAUUCCCCCGUAACCCUUUCCUGUUUGCUGUUUGUCAUAAUAAACGAGGUAUGUUGAAUGAUCACAAUGGGAGUAUGUCAUAUUCUCAAUGUGAAACAAAACUGUUCAGACCAUCCAGACAUUUAGACUUCCAUUAUCCAUGUCAAACACCUGAACAGGAUAAGGUUUUAAAAAAAACACACAGAAAAAACAUUGACAACAGAAAAAAAAUGAUGGCAGAUUUGAAAUCGGCGACCAAAUGAUUAUUAAUGAUUAGCCAGUGUAAUUUUUCCAACCAUGCUGAGAAAGUAACAGAUGCUGUUUUUCCACUUGAUGCUGCUGAUUUAAGAGGUUGUGUUUGGAUGACGAAUACAAUAAAAGUUUUAAAAAGUUCAUCGCAUGCAGUUUGAAAUGUCGCAUGUCGGUAAAUCGAGGAGUAAAAGCUGCUGUUUAAUUUUGAUUGUCGAUACUGCUGAUUGUUACUAUUUGACUUGAGUUUUUUUUUUUGUUGCUGUCUUUUUAAAGUUGUCCUUAAAUGAAGAAGAAUAAAUUGGGCAUCGGUUCACACUUAAAGCAUGUUAUAUUUUAAGUAAAAGCGUAUCCAUAUAUUUACCACGUGGUGGCACUGUUGCGUAGGUCACACCCCAAUAUUGCAGAUUCGUCUCAUAUCAGGAAGGGACAUUCAUAUAUCAAAAUCUUAUCUAAAAAAAUAAAUGUUCCUCCAGAACUGCCUUACAAUUUGCAGAUUUACAUGGCAAUUUCAGCAUUCAAGUGGUAGCUGAUGUUUGUAAUUUGUAAAAAGGAUCAAUGUUUUGAUUUAUCCAUGUUUGUUUAUGUAUCAUGGCUGUUGACUUGCACCCGAGCUGUUCAUCCAUUAAAAUGGGGGGCAAAUAAAAAAGCAAUUCUAAGAUGUUUUGAUGU